GCGAGAGUUAGGGGUGCUGUGAAGCGUGGCCAGCUCGCUCUUCGUGUCGUGGUGUCCAGCACGAGAGAAAAGUUGGAGAAAAAGUUUUCCUCUGUGCUACAUCUGGUGGAGGAGAGCAGCCCGAAACCGGGGAUAGUACAAUGAAGCCGUGCGUCCAUCUCCGAGACAAAGCAGCAGGAUGCUACGAAAGGACGGUAUUUCUCACAAAUCAGGGACAUUUCACUUGAACUCACCAAGAGGCCAAACAAAGAAUGAAGCCUCUGCAUGACAAGCUAUGACCCAAAGAACAGCACUGUAGAGCUCACAUUGCAAAGGGAAGACUUAAGAAUGAAGACCAAGUAUGCAAUCGUCUUUAUCUGUAUUGUGGCCCUGGUCAUCAUUGAAAAGGAAAGCAACAUCCUCUCUAGGGUCUCUGACAGAUUGAUCCAGAGGCAGAUUCCGCAGCAGCAGGAUUUCAGCAACAUAACACAAAAGGGCUCCCUGAUGGCACUCAAAAUGCUGCUGUCGCGACUCUCUGGUACAAAGAGGGAUAACUCAAAUUUCUCAGAGGAAGAAGAGGAGGAAGAACUAGAUGAUUUGGGGACAUACAGCUACGCCGGUGGCCGUAAGCACGUAUUACUCUUGGCCACCACACGGACAGGUUCCUCAUUUGUGGGGGAAUUUUUUAACCAGCACGGGGAGAACAUGUUCUAUCUGUUUGAGCCACUGUGGCAUGUCGAGCGCAUGCUGACCCCGGCUGCAGAGGCAAACAAUGGGACAGUGUUGUCGGGAAUUUACCGAGAUGUACUCCAGGGGCUUUUCCUGUGUGAUUUCUCACCUCUUGAGAAGUUCAUCUCUCCCCCACCUCAGGACCAUGUCACCCCAUCUCUUUUCCGCAGAGAGUCUAGUUUAUCACUCUGUGAAGAACGGGUCUGCAGUCCUGUAAUCAGAGAUGUUUUUGAGAGGUAUCACUGUAAGAGUCGUCGCUGUGGGCCACUGAACCUAACUCUUGCAUCCGAAUCCUGCCUUUCCAAACAACACCAUGCCAUUAAGACUGUUCGUGUGCAUCAGCUGGACACACUGCAGCCUUUGGUAGAGGACCCUCGCUUGGAUAUCAAAGUUAUCCAGCUAGUUCGAGAUCCAAGAGCUAUCUUAGCAUCGCGCAUGGUGGCGUUCUCUUCAAAAUAUCACACGUGGAAGGCCUGGGCGCAGAACGGCCAGGUGCCCGAAGAUGAUGAGGAGGUGAAGAGGCUCAAAGGAAACUGUGAUCACAUUAGGAUGUCUGCAGAGGUUGGACUGAGCCAACCUCACUGGCUCAGGAACCGCUACAUGCUGGUCCGCUAUGAGGAUAUCGCCCUCUACCCUAUGCAAAAAGCAGAGGAGAUGUACAAGUUUGCAGGGAUACCAUUUAGUUCCCUGGCCAGGGAGUGGAUACUGAGGAACACCCAGACCACACAGAAAGCCAGCGGGAUUUACUCCACUCAGAAGAACUCAUCACAGCAGGCAGAGAAAUGGAGAUUUACAAUUCCCUUUACAUUGGCUCAGGUAGUUCAGAGAGUGUGUGGACCCACCAUGAAGCUGUUCGGGUACAGAUUUGUGAAUGAUGAAACGACACUGACCAACAAGUCCAUUAGUUUGCUUGAGGAUAGAUUAUUUAAUUAAUCAGGAGGUCAACAUACAGCUGUGAAACUGCACAAUACUGCAUGGCAUGCAGUGCAUGUGAGCCAGCAGAAGCAAUUACUGUUCAGAUCAAAACUGUUAAACAAAGGUGCCAUAAAAAUACAAACAAAGGUGCCUCACAUGUAGGCCAUACAGUAAGAUGCUCGCCAAUGAUGUGCCUCAUUGAAAUAAUGAAAAACUACUUGAUAAAGGGAAGUAUUUAUUUGCAUACUGUGUUCACUGAGUAGCCUGAAGAUUAAACUUUGUUUCAUUCUCUUUAUUUCAUUUAGAAAUGAAACAAGCAUUGAUAUCAAGGCCAAAUGUGACAGAUUAUUGUGUAGGAUUUUUGUUAAAUCUUCAUGGUUGAAUUUCAUGUUACAAACUUAAAGUGAAAGUUAUGUGCAUAUGUUAUCUAAGGGAAAUUUUGUCUUAGAGGAUCCUAAGACCUUUUCUUAAUAACACCCAGUUUGGCUGGUUUCAUGUUUUUAUACAUCAGCAUUAGUCUAGGCAUUUGCUAGAGUUAUGUUCGAGUAGACAUGAUGUGCUGUGAUAGAGUUUUACAAAUCUUACUCAGGAAAAGUAUGUUGUGUCUCGAUGACAAGCAUUGAUAUUUUCUCAACAGUGUGCCGUGUAAGAGAAUAGGUUCUUCUUUUGAAAACUCUGAGAUUAGAGAAGAUAAAUUAAGAUUUAUUUAUCAAUUUAAAGAUGAUAUAUGAGAAGUAGUAACACUCAUAUAUCUAUAUGAAAUAUCUACUCAACUAUUUUUUAUUUUAUUUUUUUUUAUUUCUAGCCAGCAGCCUUAACUGCAUCUGUAUUAAAGUAUUUCUCACUUCUCUAAAUGUCCAAGUAGGUUUUGUUUAAUUUUGUUGCUUGCGUGAGAGCUGAUCUGUUCGUAUGUUGGUCAUUAAAUGUAAGGUUUUUUUUGUUUUCUUUUAAAUCACACAACAACUCAAAGUAAUAAAAUCACCCAAAAAUAUUAAGACCUGCAGAAUCCACCCUGUAAAGAUGUGUUGUGUUUUGAUAUGACCUGUGUAGGUUCACUCACUGGCCAAUUCAUUUGGCACACUUGUUCAGCUGCUUGUUAACACAAAUAUCUAAUCGACCAUUCACAUGGCAGCAACUUGAUGCAUUUAGUUAUGUAUGCUGAAGUUCAAAUUGAGCAUCUGAAUGGGGAAGAACGGUGAUUUAAGUGACUUUCAUGCUGUUGGUGCUGAUAUGCUGGUCUAAGUAUUUCAGAAACUGAUCUGGGAUUUUUCCAAUAACCAUCUCUAGGAUUGAGGGGAAAUGAUCUGAAAAAGAGAAAAUAUCCAGUAAGCUGCAGUUCUCUGGAAGAAAAUUCCUUGUUGAUGCCAGAGGCCAGAGGGGAAUGGCUGACAGGCAGAUAGGAAAGCAGUAGUAACUCAAACACUCAUUGAAGCCAAGCUAUGCAGAAGAACAUGUGGAAAACCCAUCGAAUCUUUAAGCAGAUGGGUCAAAACAGUGGAAAACCACAUCUGAUGCCAAUCCUGUCAGCUACAAACAGGAAACUCAGGCUAUGGGGCAAAAAAUAUUUUAAAAUGAUGUUAUCUGAUCUUAUGAAUCUAAAUUUGUGCUGUGACAUUUGGGUGGUAGGGUCAGAAUUUGGCAUAAACAACCUGAAAGCAUAAAUUCAUUCUGCCUCAUGUCAGUGGGUCAGCCUGGUGGUGGCAGUUUAAUGGUGUGGGGGAUAGUGUUUUAGCAUGCUUUAGACCUGUUAGUACCAGCUGAGUAUUGUUUAAACACCACAGGCUUCCUUGAAUAUUGUUGCUGAUCACGAGCAUUAUUGAUAACCAUCUUCCAUGUGUCCAUCCUCUGAUGGCUGUUUCCAGCACAGAAGGACCAUGUAAUAAAGUUCAAAUCAUCUUAAAACUGGUUUCUUUAACAUGUCACUGUCCUCAAAUGGCUUCUAAAGCCACCAGAUUUCAAUCCACUGCUUUUGGUAUGCUGUGGAAUGUGAGAGUCACAUCACAGAUGUGAAAUCUGCAACAACUAUGAGAUGCUAUCAGUGCAAUAUGAAUCAUAAUUUCUGAGGAAUGCUUUCAGCAUCCGGUUGAAUCUAUAACACAUUGAACUAAAGCAGUUUCAAGUAGGGCUGUGCGAUAUGACCAAAAUCUCAUAUCCCGA